CGUUGUGUACCUUCGCUAAGUCCCCUCAAAACCCCUCCGCCUCUUCCUCUGUUGGCUGCCGCUGCACCUCUUCCUCCUUCUCCUCCUCCUCCUCAUUAUUCUCUCUCUCCGUCGGUCUCGUCACCCCACCACCACCACAGCCUUCCCUCAUUCUCUCAGUCUCAUUUUUCACUCUUAGACAAGCAAUCAUCUAGUUCAAAGAUUGGAGUGGAUUCUGGAUUGAAUUGAGAAAACCAUAGAGUACAAACUACAACAUUCUACGGGCCUACGAACAUAUUUGCUUGUGAGAAGUAGGCACCGAUCGUUCGUUGUGUAUAGUGAGAAAGAAAGAGGAAAGUAAUAAAGGAAUGGAGAUAAAUUUGGGGCACUUGGCGUUUGACAUUGAUUUUCAUCCAUCGCAGCAGUUGGUCACUACUGGUCUUAUCAACGGCGAUCUUCACUUGUACCGAUAUGCAUCUGAUUCCAUUCCUCAAAGGGUGUUGGAAGUUCAUGCACACAGUGAAUCUUGCAGAGCUGUUCGAUUCAUCAACAAUGGGCAAGCCAUUUUGACGGGAUCUCCUGACUGCUCAAUUCUUGCUACGGAUGUGGAAACUGGUGCUUCUAUUGCUCGACUCGACGAGGCUCAUGGGUCUCUAUUUCUCACUUUGCUCUGUCUGCAGGUCAAUAAGCUUAUCAAUUUGACCGAGUCCACAGUGGCCUCUGGAGAUGACGAAGGCUGUAUUAAGGUGUGGGACACCAGGCAACAAUCUUGCUGCAAUACUUUUAAAGCUCAUGAAGAGUACAUUUCCGAUAUGACUUUUGCAGCUGAUUCCAUGAAACUCCUAGGAACUAGUGGAGAUGGGACUCUUUCUGUUUGCAAUCUUCGAAGAAAUAAAGUUCAAGCUCAAUCUGAAUUUUCAGAAGAGGAGCUACUGUCUGUGGUUAUCAUGAAGAAUGGUCGGAAAGUUGUUUGCAGCUCACACAUUGGGAAUCUAUUAUUGUAUUCAUGGGGCUGUUUCAAGGAUUGCAGCGAUCGAUUUGUUGAUCUUUCUCCGAAUUCUGUGGAUGUUUUGGUGAAGCUUGAUGAAGAUAGGUUGAUCACUGGAUCAGAAACUGGACUUAUCAGCCUAGUAGGUAUAUUACCCAACAGAGUCAUCCAACCUAUUGCAGAACACUCAGACUAUCCGGUUGAGGGUCUCGCUUUUUCCUAUGAUAAAAAGUUUCUGGGCAGUAUAGCACAUGAUCAGAUGUUGAAGCUAUGGGAUAUGAAUGAAUUAUUGCAAGGUUCUACAAAUACAUCAAGGCCUCAAGCAGCUGCGGAGGACAGCGAUAGUGACGAUAUGGAUAUGGAUAUGAAUCCUCCGAAGUCUAACAAAGGUACAAAGAAGAAAAAUGCAAGCAAAGAUCGUGUUUCGGGAAGUUCAAAUGAUUUUUUUGCUGAUUUACAGAUGGAGGGUUGAGUAUGGUUUUUCAACUUUGGUACGACAUUUUUCAUGGACAAACAAAAUACCUAUAGUUUCAUGGUUCCCUUCAGAGUUGCUAGACCUGUUGAUCAAUGAUUCCCAACACAUGCUUUAGGGGAUUGUAAGAUAUUCAGUUUUGGUUUUGGUUUACUUUAUCAUGUGUGGAUGUCGAAACAAUCUGAUGAAUCUGGAGUUGUAAAAAUAUCUGCUGGUAAAGAUUUCUCCGCCGAGUAUUGCCGUCA